AUGCCACUUCUCAAACAAUCUCUGCCUAAGGUCCUUGUGCCUGAAAAGCUUUCACCAGAUGGACUGGCUUUGCUACGCAGCUCCUUGGACGUGGAUGAACGCAAGAACUUGACUGCGGAGGAAUUGCUCGAAAUCAUCCCCAACUAUGAGGCUCUCCUCGUUCGUUCUGAGACUAAGGUUACCGCUGAAGUGCUGCGGGCUGCUAAGCACCUGAAGGUCGUUGCUAGAGCUGGAGUUGGGGUUGACAAUGUUGACGUUGCAGAGGCUACGAAGCUUGGUAUUGUCGUGGUCAAUUCGCCGUCCGGCAACAUCGGUGCUGCAGCUGAGCAUACCAUCGCACUGAUGAUGUCAAUGGCACGGAAGAUUCCCGAAGGAUGUGCCAGUCUCAAGGACGGGAAAUGGGAACGCAGCAAAUUUGUCGGAGUGGAGGUCAAAGGCAAAACGUUGGGCGUCAUCGGUCUAGGCAAAGUGGGAUUGACUGUAGCCCGGAUUGCAAAGGGUCUCGGAAUGACAGUCCACGCAUUGGAUCCAUAUGCGUCCCCCACAGCAGCAGCAGCAGCUUCAGUCACGCUCGUCUCGUCAUUGCCAGAGCUUCUGGCAUCCGCUGAUUUCCUGACCAUCCACACGCCGCUCAUUGCAUCCACACGAGGAAUGAUAAGUGACACCGAGCUAGCACAGAUGAAACCCCGUUCCCGCAUCCUCAACGUAGCACGCGGCGGAACCAUCGACGAAGCCGCCCUGCUCAAAGCCCUGGACUCAGGCCAUCUAGCCGGUGCAGCCGUGGACGUGUUCACCACCGAGCCACCAGACCCCGAAUCCACUGCCGCGAGGCUGAUUGCGCACCCGCGAGCGGUCGUGACGCCGCACCUUGGUGCAUCCACCGUGGAGGCUCAAGAAAACGUAUCCGUGGAUGUAUGCGAGCAGGUAUUGGAUAUUCUGAAGGGCUCGCUUCCAAGAAGUGCAGUCAAUGCCCCUCUCAUCUUACCCGAGGAGUAUCAAAAGCUCCAGCCAUUUGUGCACCUGGUGGAGAAAAUGGGCAGCUUGUAUACGCAACACUAUGCCUCCAUGCCGGGUGGAUCGAUGGCCCGCAAUACAUUCGAUCUUAUCUACCGCGGCGAGGUAGCCAGCAUCAACAACACGAAGCCGCUGUUCGCAGCCCUGAUAAAGGGCCUCCUCGAGCCCAUUAGCGGCGUGGAGGGAUUCAACGUCAACAUCGUGAAUGCUGAGCUGGUGGCGAGCGAGCGAGGCAUCUUUGUUUCCGAGCGAAUCUCGAGAGACCCUGAAGAUAACUCGUCAUACUCUUCGCUGGUGACUCUGGUUGCACGCUCGCAAUCUCGCGCCUCAUCGCGAGCCUCCGCCACGGCCGAUGGCGCUGGGUUGACGCUUCAAGUGCCGCAUCAGCGCAUUAUCUCGGGCACUUGCUCCGCCGGCCAACCCUUGAUCACGCGGCUGGGACGUUUCGAUACAUCCUUUGAAGCAAAGGGGACGCUUCUCAUUUGCGAGAAUUACGACUCGCCUGGCAAAAUCGGUGUUGUUGGUAGCAUUCUGGGAAGGGAGGGCGUUAACAUCAACUUCAUGACUGUUUCACCCGUAUCUUCGAAGCUGGCAGUCAGCGAAGACUCGAAUUUGUCUAAAUCGCUCAGGGAUAGCGGUAUUGACCUGCUGACCAAGGAGACAAGCUCUAGAAGCAGGGAAGCGUUGAUGAUCCUAGGUAUUGAUCGCGUGGUUUCACCGCAGGUAACUGCAGAUUUGCUGAAGGAGAGUGGUGUCCUUACUGCGUGCACCGUGACCCUUUGA